AUGAGUGACCGUAGUAAUAUAUUGAAAGUAUUUAAUCCGCCUAGUAAUGAUCAACAGGAAAAAGUUGCUGAUUGUUUGCCCUGUGAUAUUUUCAAUUCAAUUUUCUUAGUUGGAUUAGGAAGUUACCUAGCCAGUGGUAAAGCGAUCAAAAGAGAUCCAAAAUUAUCAUUGAAAGAAUUCAAUGCAAAGCAUCCCAACUGGUGGAGGGUUGGAUUAAGAGGAUUUGGUGGGGUGCUCUUGUUUUAUGGAGCCUUCAGAGGUAGUGAGACCUUUUUUGUCUGGAAAUCUCAGCAGGUAGAGAAAAGGAUAAUGGAAUGA